AGCACUGGGCUUUUACAAUCGGACUCAGUAAAGAGGGCCUUUUGGUUUUUGUUGUAUUUUGUUGUUUGUAUUUAUUGUCUUGGUCAGCAGUAUGUACGAGAAGCAGAACGGAUAUCACCGCGAGUUUGCUGAAAGGAAGAUCUGCCUGCAUUGUAAAUGCCCUCGUGAGGAUCACGCUGUGCGCUCUGUCCCGGGCGAUCUGGAGAGGAUGAUGCUGAAGCUGGUCUCUGGUUUCCAGCGGCACUCCAUCUCCGACGAUGACUCGGGCUGUGCAUCUGAGGAGUACGCCUGGGUCCCCCCUGGACUCAAACCGGAACAGGUGUAUCAGUACUUCAGCUGUCUCCCUGAGGACCGGGUUCCCUACAUCAACAGCCCUGGAGAGCACUAUAGGAUCAAACAGCUGCUGUACCAGCUCCCCGCACACGACAGCGAGCCUCAGUACUGCAACUCUCUGUGUGAGGAGGAGAAAAAGGAGCUGAGAGUUUUCAGCCAGCAGAGGAAAAGAGAGAACCUGGGGAGAGGCAGUGUGAGACUGUUCCCUGUGACCAUGACUGGUGCCAUCUGUGAGCAGUGUGGGAAGCAGAUCCGGGGUGGCGAUAUCGCUGUGUUUGCGAGCCGGGCGGGGCACGGAGCCUGCUGGCACCCCCAGUGCUUCCAGUGCAGCACCUGCCAGGAGCUGCUGGUGGAGCUCAUCUACUUCUACCAGGAGGGCAAGAUCUACUGUGGGAGACAUCACGCUGAGAGACUGAAACCACGAUGCCAGGCCUGUGAUGAGGUGAUCCUGGCAGCCGAGUGCACGGAGGCGGAGGGCCGGCACUGGCACAUGAAGCACUUCUGCUGUUUGGAGUGUGAGGCAGCGCUAGGGGGGCAGCGCUACAUCAUGAGAGAGAGCCGGCCAUACUGCUGCCCCUGUUACCAGAGUCUGUACGCAGAGUACUGCGACACCUGCGGAGAGAACAUUGGUAUUGACCGGGGUCAGAUGGCAUACGAGGGUCAGCACUGGCACGCCACGGCCGAGUGUUUCUGCUGCUCUCGCUGCGGGCUGGCUCUCCUGGGGCGCCCCUUCCUCCCCAAGCAGGGCCUCAUCUUCUGCUCCCGCGCCUGCAGCCUCGGGGAGGACCCCGACAACUCGGACUCCUGCGACUCCGCCUUCCAGAGCGGCAGCGACCCCUGCAGGACCGGAGGAGGCAAGGCAGGCAGGAGAGGGAGCGGUGCUGCCACCUGCAGGCGGGAGGAGAGAACUGCGGCCAGGAGAGAGGAGGAGCACAGGAAAAUGAUGGAAGAGGAAAGGAGUAUUGGGAAGGGAGUUUCAGCAGCAGUGCAGCUGACUCUUCUCCAGACCACGCCCAGCGCAGUGGGGACACCCAAUGGCAUCCACACCAAGAGAUCUGCAGCCAAUCAGGAGCUGGAGGCGGACCCACCGCUAAGCCGCGGUGGACUGAGGGGCUCCGCCUCCAGGGCUGAGCGGCCAGUCAGCUGCCUGGGCUUCUCUGAGGAGCAACAACUUGGCCACGCCCCUCUGCGCCGGACUUCUCGUGGCACGUCAACGUCACAAGAUUCGGGGGGCAAACAGGAGCCCAGAGCCGGGACAGAUACCUGGAGACCUCCUCACUCUCAGCACUACUCGAUGACAGACCUGGAUAGCCACCCCCCUCCAAGCCCCUCCCCUCCUCCCCUGGAGCCCCCCCGUGACCUCUCACCCCAGCUCUCCCGCUCCACCUCGGCACGGGUCAGCUUCCGGGAGCCAAUCAGCAUCUGCUUCCAGGCCCCAGAGGUAGAGGAAGAGGAAGAGGAAAAGGUGGGGGAGCGGGACUUACAGCAGCAGCAGGAGGAGAAGGAAGAGGAGGAGGAGGAGGAGGAGGGCGGCGGCAGGAAGAACGGGUUCCCCCGGCAUCCAUUCAGAGGGGAGGUGCCUGACAUGGAUCUUCUCGAUGGGACAUCCCAUCCAUUCCCAGAUGGGGACAUCCCAUCACCGCAGGCUUCCGAAGACAGAGGUCCUCCGACGGAGGUGCUGGCGAGCUCUGGCAGCUUUGGGACGGGACCCCGCUGUCGUGGCUGGAGGAACGAGAGGCCCGGGAUACACACCGGGGAGGACACACACACCCCCAUCCCGCAUGCAGAUCGCUCCGGCCACACCGCUGGGCUGAGCAUCCACUCGGACCGCACAGCGCACCCACCCUGCCACCGGAGGGAGCCCCACAGCCACUACUGCUCCUCCAGCUCCUCCUCAUCGGACUCCGAAGAAGAGGGCUUCUUCCUGGGGGAGCCCAUCCCCCUGCCCCCCCAGCUGCGCGGCCCACCCCCCAGGACUAAAGAGGAUCGGGGCAGAGGGGGCGAGCAGAGAACAGCGGGGAGAAGAGGGGGCAAGAGGAGGAAGGGGAACAGCGGGAGCGGCAAAGACAGGGAUAAAAACUGCAUCAUGUCUUAAAGGAAUGGGACUGAGACACAUUGAGACACACACUGAGACUGAGACACCUUGAGACACACACACUGGACACACACACACAC